UGCCCGGCCGGUAUAAAAGCCGAAAACCACCCGACCGUAGUAUCAUUCGCUUCACAGACAGACAGAUCGAGAGAUCUACCGAUCAAGCAAGCUACAAUGGCAUUCAAGUUUGUUGCUCUGGCUACCCUCUUGGCCGCCGCCAACGCCGGCCUCCUUCCCGCAGCUCCCCUCUCCUACGCCCCGGCAGCUCCUCUCGCCUACGCCGCGGCACCAGUCGCUGUGGCCCCCGUGGCGAAGGCCGUGGCUGUCGCCCCCGUGGCGAAGGCGGUGGACGCUGACUACGACCCGCAUCCACAAUACAGCUACGCCUACGAUGUCCACGACAGCCUGACCGGUGACGCCAAGAGCCAGCAAGAGACCCGCGACGGAGACGUUGUCCAGGGCAGCUACUCUUUGAUCGAAGCCGACGGAACCCGGCGCAUCGUCGACUACACCGCCGACCCAGUCAACGGAUUCAACGCAGUAGUCCGCAAAGAAGCCGCCGCCGCUCCCCUGGUCGCCGCGCCUGUCGCCAAGAUCGCCGCACCUGUCGCCAAGAUCGCUGCACCCAUCGCCUACGCCGCGCCGGUCGCCAAGAUCGCCGCUCCUCUGACCUACGCCGCCGCCCCGGUCGCCAAAUUCGCCUACGCCGCCCCAGUCGCUAAAAUCGCCGCACCCCUCUCCUACGCCGCACCCAUCGCCAAGAUCGCCUCGCCCUUCGCCGCACCCCUCGCCUACGCCGGCGCCGCACCCGCCUACAUCCACUGAGCCGAUCUGUCUGCGAUAGGAUAAUGUUUACUCGAAUAAAGUCACUUUUUUAGCAACCAUAA